GGUGUCGACGUUACUCACGACGUUAAUAGAUUAGCUAGUAACGUUGGUGUUUGUGAAAUGGUUUGUGAUGGCGGUGCUAAAGGAAGCAACGAGAUGGGCGAGCUCGUUGUGACGUGUCCUCUGACAUCUCUCAUCUUAAUGCGAUGAUUGGGCCUCUUCGCGCUGUGAAUCUGUCCUGCGUUGCCGCGGAGGCAUGCAAUGUCAACACCGGGAAUCUCAUACGCUACUUACGUGUCUUUGACGUUACAGUGGUUCCGCAAUUCGUUUUAUUGCGACCUUCGCCCGAUCGUGAGAACUAUGGCAUCGCACACCGUUGCUCGGAGGGAAUGGGAUCCUGAAGCUGUUCUGUUCAGGAAAAGAGGUGUCAAGAAUGCUCUUGUUGUCCUGAACCAGCCCCUAAGUGUCCAGAAUACUGCGUUCUUAAAGAAAGUCUGGAGUAAAGCGUCAGUGAAAAUUUGUGUUGAUGGAGGAGCCGACCGCUUCCGCACUGCAAUGGCCACUUGCACUGAGGAGCUGACUCCAGACUAUGUCACUGGAGAUUUUGACUCUGUAACAAAGGAGACACUCGAGUACUACAAAUCAAAAGGUAGCAAAGUGAUGCACACGCCAGAUCAAGACCACUCCGAUUUCACCAAAGCACUGGCAAUACUUGGAGAGAACACCUGUUUGAAAGUUCCACCCGUCAAGCUAGACUGGGUGCUGGCCAUCUGUGGAAGUUUUGAUCGGAUGGACCACAUGAUGUCUGCCUUCAACACGCUAUACGAGAGCGACAAGUUGCUGGAUGGGACGCCCGUCUGCCUUCUCUUGGAAAACUCACUCACUUGGCUGCUCGGAAAGGGCCAGCAUCGCAUCCUCACACCACCACACCUGACUGGAUCGUGGUGCGGUCUGAUCCCGCUUGGAGCUCCUUGCACUAGUGUCACCACCACUGGGCUCAAAUGGAACCUAGACCACUCAGAGAUGAGCUUUGGCAAGCUGAUCAGCACAUCCAACGCCUUUGAUGGGUCAGAAGUGGUGACUGUGGAAACCGAUGGGCCUCUCAUCUGGACUAUGGAGUUGCAGAGCCGCUGCAUCACAGACUGAUAUGUCACGUCACAUGCUAGUUGCAUUCUCCUGGAGCUGCUGUGCACUUUGGCACUCUUCUUUUAACAAGUUUUAACUGUAUAUACAACUGUUAGGAAACCACCGGUGUUGGAAAGCAUUUAUAUGUAUGGAUAGUUAUUGGCAAAGGUCAUCUUUUUGUAACUUUGUUUAUAGCCAUGUUACAAAAUAAAAAUAGUGCAGCUUUUCUUUU